UACCCAUCCCGGACGUACCCCUAUAAUUACACACCCCUGUAUGCAUCUACUUAGGUUCACAGGAGAUCAUCCCACGAAGAGCUUCCACAACGGCCGGUAGAUCUGGACUUCACAAAUAACCCUCUCUACCUACCUCCUCUCUCCGUCCAUACCGUCAAUACCUACCCUAGCCUCUUAUCCCCCCCCUCCCCAAGUUACUUGCCCGCACCCCAAUUGGGCUCCCACCGCGUGCAUCGUCGACACCAUGACCCACGAGUUCGAGCCGUUGACGAACGACCUGAUCUUGAGGACGGCGAGGGGUGAAGAUGUAGAACGCGCGCCGAUAUGGAUCAUGCGCCAGGCUGGCCGGUAUCUGCCCGAGUACCACGAGGCGAAGGGGAACCGCGACUUCUUCGAGUGCUGCCGCGACCCUGAGGUCGCCUCGACGCUGACGCUGCAGCCGAUCGAGCGGUUCGCCGGCCUGCUCGACGCCUCCAUCAUCUUCUCCGACAUCCUCGUCGUGCCCCAGGCGCUGGGCAUGGCCGUCGAGAUGGUCGACAAGAAGGGGCCGCACUUCCCGGACCCGCUGCGGUCGCCCGACGACGGCCAGUACGCCCGCGUCCUCGGCCGGGACGCCGCCGCCGCCGCCGACGAGCUCGACUACGUCUACCGCGCCAUCACCCUGACCCGGCGCAAGCUGCGCGGCCGCGUGCCCCUCAUCGGCUUCUGCGGCGCCCCCUGGACCCUCUUCUGCUACAUGGUCGAGGGCGGCGGCACCAAGUUCUUCAUCGAGAGCAAGAAGUGGGUCUACCGCCACCCCGACGCCACCAAGGCCCUGCUCCAGAAGAUCGCCGAGGUCUGCGUCGAGUAUCUGGCGCGGCAGGUCCGGGCCGGCGCGCAGCUGAUCCAGGUCUUCGACUCGUGGGCCGGAGAGCUCUCGCCCUCGACUUUCAAGCACUUCAGCGAACCCUACCUGGCUUACAUAUCGAAGAACCUGCCCGAGAGGCUGAGGGAGCUGGGGCUGGACCCUGUCCCCAUGAUCGUCUUCCCCAAAGGGGCCAACUACGCGCUGGACUCGAUCUGCGACCUGGGAUACGACGUUGUCGGGCUAGACUGGCUCAUCGAGCCGGCCAAAGCUGUUGAGAUACGGGGGGUUAGACGGGUGGUGUUCCAAGGGAAUGCGGACCCCGGCGUGCUCUACGGCUCGAGGGAUGCCAUAUCGGAGACGGUGAAGGAGAUGGUGCAAGGGUUCGGAGGCGGCAAAAAGGGGUGGAUCGCCAACCUUGGCCACGGCAUCACGCCGCAGGUGAACCCGGAAGAUUUACGGUUCUAUCUUCAGGAGAUCCAGCGACUGACUGCUAAAUAACAAGUACUUCUAUCUACAAUCUAAACUCGCGAAACCCAAGACUGGUAAGAU